ACGGCGCCCGGCCGCCAGGCGGAGAGGUGCAUUCCGUGGCCGCUGUGGUGUGGAGUGAAGUGAUGCGUGACUUCGCACAAGCGUGCCGCGCAGAUGCAUGGUGGCGGUGCUAACGCAGUUGCAGCCGGGUAGUGUUGUGCCAACUAUACAGAGGUCCUGUCGAAGCUGGUGGUUGUGUUCGACGGUACGGGUCUGUCAAUAGGCGCCGGCCCCGGGAGCACAGCGACCCUGGCGCGCCCUCGGCUGGACAUUGAGGCGUCUGUCGAUCGGCCGGACUGACGCGUCACCUGCCAUAUCGGGGCAGGACCGCCGGCCGGUCGGAAUUCCCGGCUCGGGGUCCUGUGGGUCGCAGCUGGAGUCGGCCAGGGAUGCACACGGUCGCUGCUCAGCACCAUGGCGCCCGCGGAGAUGGCUGUCGUGCCGCUGCUGGCCGCUGUCCUACUGAGUCCAGUCCUCAGCCCUCCGGCGGCGGCGAUGCCGUUGGGCGCGGCCGGGGAACCGGGCAGCGGCGAGCCGACCCCGCCGCCGACGGAGGGCUCGGGGCCGCCAGAGACUGCCGCCAUCGACGCGGAGGAUCGCGAUGAACCGCUGCUGUGGGUGGAGCUGCCGUCCGCGUGGAGCGGGCCGUGGAAGGAGGAGGGUGCCGAGGCCGGCUCCGGUCUCGGCGAGACCACGCAGCGGCCGGAGCUCGUGGAGCACCUGGGCUCGGAGGAGGGCGAGCAGGAGCUGCAGUUCCAUGUGGUGGCCAAGCAGACACGGAAGACACGGCGGCGCAACCAGACGGUGAUUGAGGAACAGCCGGAAGGCACUUGGCUUUCUGAGAGUGCUACACCGUCUGAAAAAGACACUAUCCUUGGUCUACGAGUGUCGGUGCUUCUACGGACCCGGAAACCUCGACCGCAACAGACGCGGACCUCAUCUGAAACAGACGUGCCUGAACAUCAGACGCCGAAAACAAAACCAGCCACCGGGAGGUCGUCUGCAGUACCGGGUCCAUCUACAGGUGGGACCACGGCCUCCCCCUCUGACGGCCGCGCCAGGGGCACCGCUCUGACCGCGGCCCCCAGCACGGCGACUGAGUACCGGGCGGGCCCCGGGCCGACCACGGAACCAGCUACCGCUGCUGACACGGCGCUGGAGACCAGCCUGGCGGGCACGGAGACCGUCACCUCAUCACAGGCGCCGCCCGCUGCUCUGACGCCCCGGCCCACCCCUCCGCCAACGGCCGGCGGCGCGGCCGGGCUGCCCGCAGGUGAACGGGAGACCGACGGGAGCAGGCUGCGGCAGGAGUACUGCCGAACCACAUUCAUCUGCGUGUUUCACGGCUGGGCUACCGUCUGCGUGAUCGUGCUCAUGUUCCUCGUCCUGCGUACUGUGGUCAACAACUUCGGCAGCGCGGUGCAAUGGUGCUGUCACCUGCGCUCCCGGCACCGCCGCUCGGACGUCAUGAGGGCAGUCGACGCCAUCAACAUCGGAAUGGACAGGAAGUCCUGGGCCAAGAAGUCGCCCUGCUCGCCGCAAAUCAAGGCCGAGAUCGAGAGCCGGCUGCGCCAGCUGUUUAUCCGCUGUGACGUCACGCUGGAGAUGGUCGGCAGCCUGAGCUCGCGGCUGGGCAAGUCGCUGAACGCGCGCCCAGAGGCCGAGGACUCGCUGCAGGAGUACCGCUUCACCGAGCCAGUGCUGGGCGCCGACGCCGACUUCAUGGUGGUGCUACAGGUGCCGAUGGCGCCCACCACGGCCGGUGGCCGCGAGCUGCCGCGAUACAUGCUCGACGGCGUGCCGCCCUACCUGACGCUGUCGCCCUUCACGGGCGCACGCGCCGCGUCGGGAUCGUCGCUGGCGCGCCGCUGGUCGCCCGGCACGCCGCCGGCCGAGGCUGCGGCCGGCUCGGAGGCCGGUCUGGAGCUGCACUCGUUCACGGCCCGGCCGGAUACGGCGCUCAGCGUAUGUCCGCUCACCAGCUCACCUUCACUGCCCGCGGCCGAGCGGAGCGGGGGCCGAGGGGUGACCAAGGCUGGAGGCGGGGAUGCCGGCGGCGGAGACAGUACUGGAGACACGCCUGGGGGAGGGGUGACCAAGGCUGUAGGCGGGGCUGUCGGUGGCGGAGACAGGACUGGAGACACGGCUGACGGCGGCGGAGAUGGGGCUGUCGGUGGCGGAGACGGGACUGUCGGUGGCGGAGACGGCAGAGACACGGCUGCCAGAGACGGGUCUGCAGACGGCGGAGACGGGGCAGGGGACAGGACUGCCGGCGCCGGAGCUAAAGCUGUCGCCACCGGGCGGUUCCGGUGCACCAGUCUGGGGACGGACUGCGCCGGCGCCGCUGCCGCUGUCGGCGGCCUGCCGCCGGGACAGCUGGGGCCUCCGGGAGAGAACGGCGUCAGCGAUGGCUCGGGAGGUCUUAGAACGGACCCGGACGGAGAGACAGCGACACUGCGGCGCUCCGUCAGCCUCACACAGAUGCCCGUUCUGCUGCGAUUCCCCACGCUGGAGGCCUCGCGCCAGGAGAGCACACCACCGGGGUUCGCGCACGUGCAGCUCUUCCUGGACCGAGUGCUGCCGGAGGACCGCAGCUGGUGGCGAGACGCCAUGAGCGAACCGGUCGGCGGGGCGCUCUACCUCUCCAGUAAGAAGGCGCGCCAGCUGAUGCGCGACAUGUUCGAGAGCCUGCAGCUGACGGUGGAACAGGACCGCCAGAGCAUGUCCAUGGUGGACAGGUGUCUGGCCGACUACCGCGGCGAGCCCAGCUAUGACAAGGACGUCAAGUCGCGAGGGCCGGCGGUCACCCUGAGGCUAACGCAGACCGACGACCGGGCCAUCGCCAACAUGCCCUUCUUCCAGAACAGCUGCUGCCACUGGCUUUGUAUCUGCUGCAGCGUCAUUCUGCUGCUGCCCUUCUGCGUGUGGAUCUUCCUCACCGGAGGCUCGUGGCCGGUGCGCAAGUGUACCGGCGGCGCGUGCUGCUCCAUCUACUACACGGUGACGCUGCUGGUGCCGAUGGUGCUGGUGCUGCCGGCGCUGCUGGUGGUGCUGGCGCUGCGGCGGCCCGAGCCCGACCCGGUCGCUGACGCCGCCGCCGCUGACCAGCUGCACAUCGGAUUUGUGAUCGCCUACGUGGCGCUGUCGGCACUGUGCGCCUCGCUGUUCGUGUGCGUGUCGCAGUGCUUCUUCAAGCUGCCGACCAUUUUCUACGGCGACUUCGUGACGGCGCUGGUCUGUCCCGAGUGGCCCAACGACGCCAUGCAGUUCAAGACCAGGUCGCGUCAGUGGCCCACCCGGUACGAGGUGGACGGCAUCGUCCGCCAGGGCUGCCACCUGGUGCCCAAGCCGCCCCGACCGUGCCGCUGUCUGGCCGUGAACGGGCCCGCCGCCUGCGACGACGCCCACCUGCUGUGGCGCUACUCCUUCUCCAAGGCUGAAGUGCGACUCAGCCAGGCGCUCCCUGAACACUACAGGCGAGCCUACAUGACCUUCAAGUGGCUCGUCAAAAAGUACGUCACAAGGAGCAGCUGCCCCAUGUACGGCAUCGGAAGCAACAUGCGCUCCUACUAUCUCAAGACGGUGCUGUUCUGGGAGCUGGACCUGCGCGGCGCCGUCGAGUGGUCCGAGGGUGUCGAGGAGGAGCUGCUUCAGCGGCUGGCCCGCCGCACGCUGCGCCACAUCCGACAGCGACACCUGCCGCACUUCUUCAUUCCCGACAUCAACCUGCUGGACGAGCUGACCCAGACAGACUUCGAGAUGGUCGCCGACCUCAUGGAGAAGAUCCUGGCCGGGCCGGCGGCGCUGCUCAACAUGCCACAGCUGACGUGGCAGAUGUCCACCAUCGGCAUGUGCGAGGCCAUCUUCUGCACGCCGGGCAGGGACUUCCAGAGCGACGUGUGCUGCAACUACGCGUCCCGCAUGCACACUGUGUGGUGAGCCGCGCCGCGCCACCCCCGCUCAUCGCUGCUGGAGGGGAGGGGACGGCGCCACACCCCUGCUGGAGGGGAGGGGACGGCGCCACAUACCCCCUGGAGGGGAGAGGACGGCGCCACACACCCCUGCUGGAGGGGAGGGGACGGCGCCACACACCCCCUGCUGGAGGGGAGGGGGACGGCACCACACGCCCCUGCUGGAGGGGAGGGGACGGCGCCAUACACCCGCUCCUCGCUCCUGGAGGGGAGGGGGAGGGGGAGGGCGGCGCCCAGUGUGGGGCGCGUGUGGCUUCGGUACUGGCGUGACGGUGUACAAAUAUCGUGCGUACAUUGCCCUGACAUGUUUUGCCGACGAGUUUGCUUUGAUGUGCAAAUCAGCCGGUGCCACUCAUUUGCUAGGUGUUUAUACAUUAGGCGUUUUACGGUUUAGGAACUAAAUAUGCUGAAUGUCUUUCUUGUUGCCAGAGGCGAACAUGUGAUUUGUACCGUGCUCAUUUUAAUUAGUUUUCUUCGUACAUGACAGGAUGAAAUGGUGACACGCUGACCUCCUGGGCUGGCAAACGAUCGGAAACAAUCAAACAGUGAAUGUCAACAAAGGAUAUUUGUGUGCUUCAUUUACGUUCACAUAAUGGUCAUGAUCUCAAGCAUUUUAACGUCAGAAUAGAACAACCAUUCAUAGUCUUUACCGAGGAGUUUUUAAGCCUCAUAAUAGCCAUUUUCACAUUAGAUAAUGGGCAAUUUAGCACCGCUGAAACACUUCACUUCGUGGGUCAUAGCAUAACUAUGUAGUGUUUGUUGUUUUUACGGUAAACAACAACUGGUUUUUACGGUAAACAACAACUGUUGAUGCUGCCUCUUUUUGUAAAUCAUGAUGAUUAUUUGCUUGAAGAUAUCAGGCGUAGAGAUGGCACAUCUAAUUUAUAAUCACACCUAGGUUGAAUUUUGUACAUGUUUUCUCCCGCCAAUGAUCAAAGAGAUGAUAAAUACUCCGUCCGUCCCUCGCUGUGUUUUGUACAAGCGUAUCGCCCGACUAUUGUAUAGUGGUACGACGCAGUGCUCGUCACUGUUCUUGGAGACCUAUAGUGGAUUUUUAGCAUUAUAUUCAUGAUCUUAAAGCGAUGAACCAAGUACCUGUAUCGUUUCGGCGUACUCGUGCAGUUCUACAGGGCAAUUGUGUCUUUGUGAAGCGGUCGCGUCGGUUCCGUGAAUCUGUGGCCGUUCUCUGGGCGAAUCUCUGGCCGUUGUCUGGGCGAAUCUCUGGCCGUUGAAAAUGUUGUGAACCUCUGGGUGAAUCUCUGGCCGUUCUCUGGGUGAAUCUCUGGCCGUUGACUGUUGUAAAUCUCUGGCCGUUCUCUGGGUGAAUCUCUGGCCGUUGUCUGUUGUGAAUCUCUGGCCGUUGACUGUUGUAAAUCUCUGGCCGUUCUCUGUUGUGAAUCUGUCGUUGUCUGUUGUGAGGAGGCCGGCGCCGUUGAGUCGCGCUCCGCCGCGGCGCUGUGUCGUUAUCGGUACAUUUCCUGCUGCACAGUCUGUGCUGUUCCCAUGUCGGCUGCUACCGAUAUGGGAGGGACGGGUGGUGACGACUGCUGUAAUACAACCAGUGUUCUCA